AUGCCGCGCAAGUUGAAUGCACAGGAUCAGUAUUGGGCCAACGUUGAUUCCGGACUAAGUAACGAUGAUCUGUCUCUUCCCAAGGCCACCGUGCAGAAAAUCGUCACGGAGAUUCUCCCAUCAUCGACGGGGCUGAGUUUCUCAAAAGAAGCCAGGGAUCUGCUCAUUGAGUGCUGCGUGGAAUUCAUCACAUUGAUUUCAUCAGAAGCAAACGAAAUCUCGGAGAAGGAAGCCAAGAAGACCAUCGCCUGUGACCACAUCACGAAGGCUCUGGAAGAGCUCGGGUUUGGUGACUACGUGCCGGCAGUACUCGAGGCUGCAGCCCAACACAAGGAGACGCAGAAAGUGAUCAAGAAUAUCCGAACAAACAAGUUUGAGGAUAGCGGCAUGUCCCUGGAGGAGUUGGAACGUUUGCAAGCGGAGCAGUUCGCGCAGGCGGCAGCAAGGCACGGUUAA